AUGCCAACGUUUGGACGUCUGGGGAAGCACAGCAACCGCUCGCAGCACGGCCUCCCUGAGCAGUCGUCUGCUGGGGCGCAGAGUAGCGGUGCGAGCAAUCCAGCUGGCAGCGGCGGCGGCGAUGCGGCUGUAGGCGGCGGUGGCCUGUCUGCUGACUCGAUUGGUAUGGACGCGCAAUCUGCCUUGUCACCAUCGGCGGGCAGCCCUCACGAAGCCAUUGAUGCCCGCCAGCAGCAGCAAUUGCAGCAGCAGAUGCAACAGCAACAGCAGCAGCAGGGCCUGCCACUUUUGCAGAAUCCCGGACCCAGCAAGCUUCAGAAGCAGCCGCCGCAGCAGCAGCAGCAGCAACCACCGCCGCAGUCGCACCAGUCACAGUCCCAGUCACAGGCGCCGGCUCCCCCGCCGCACCUCUACAGCGCAUCCUCCACCGGCACGGCCACUAAUAACCCCUCGCCUCUCCAGCAGCACCCUGGCGGUGAUUUCGUCUUUGAUGCCCGCCAGCAGCAGCAGCAACAUCCCGACUUUGUUGACCCGACCGUGAAUCGAUCCCAGAGCCUGCGCUACCCUUCGCAGAGCUCUCUUCAACAGCAACAGCUGCCGCCACAUCAUCAGCAGCAGCAGCAGUUCUACGGCGUCGCCAGCAGCUCCGUCGACGACCUCCCCAGCCCCGCAAGCUUCCAGCAACAGCAGCUGCAGCAACAGCCGCCGCCGCAGCUCGCGCCCGAGAAGCCUCGCACGAACCGCAAGCUUCACAUCAUCAAGGGCAUUUUUAGCUCUGUCCGCGGCACCUCUGACACCAGCAGCAGCAGCCAGAACAGCUCGCACGCACCCGUCUCCCAUCCUGUCAGCCAGCCGUUCGACCCCAACGCUGGCUUAGCACGCCGCCAGUCAAGCAAGAGAGACUCCCGCAUACCGCCGCCUUCCAAUACAGUCCGUCCCGUAACCGGCGACGAUCUCGAUAAUUCCUCAUACGACGAGCUUGUAUACCAACCGCCCCCGCACCCCCAGUCUCACCAACAGCAGCAGCAGAUUCUGCAGCAGGGCCCCGGCCAGACCCUCAUCCCGCAGGACCAGCAGCUGCAGUUUGACAAUAACCAGCCUGACUUCGAUCUUGCGCCGCAAACUACGCAGCAGCAGCAACUUCACCAGCAGCUUUUGUUUCAGCAGACGGCAGACGGUCGGCUACCCCCCGCCGGCUAUCCAGGUUCGCAAAACCCAGAGACCGCUUCUCAGCUCUCGCAUGAGUCUUCUGCAUACGAUCAAGAUUCCCGAAACCAGACUCCCCAGGCUCUGCAGCUUGGAACCGCACAACACUUGAACCAGCAACAGCCGCCGUCGCUACAGCAGCCCGGCAUGGCACCCCAAGGUUCGCGACGAAGCAACGAGGCUGAGCACCCGGUUGCCGGUCACGCCGCCGGUUACCGUCACAGCAAUGCUGGCCUGACGGCUACCAGCCCCAUGCCAUCGCAAGGACAAGGUGCCGGCAGCGGUCAACCCGGCUACCGGGGUGAUGGCCGCCUUUUCGAGGGGGCAGAUCCAGGCCGUGAGACUCCUCAGCCGACCACAGAGAAGGAUGCGGAAAGCGAAAAGGCUUUCAAAGAACUGCUCACCAAAUACAAAAACGUCAAGCGCCUCUAUUUCGAUGGCAAGUCUCAGAUUGAACAGCUCAAUGGUCAAGUCGAGCAGCUGCAAAAUGCUGUUGCCAACCAGCGCAUGUCGCAGUCGAGGACUGCCCUUGACGACAGCGAAUACGCUACACGAUUCAACCGUCUGAACGGAGCCAUCAUCAACCUCUCCUUCAAUAUCCGCAAGGACUGGCGUGUCGUUCCUGAUUGGCUUGCAAGCUAUGUCAGCCCUGAUGCGAUCAAGACGGGCAAGCAGGAGAUGACUGCGAUCGGACGCGCCGUUGUUUCGCGAUGGCUUGUGGACGAGCUGUUUGACAAGUGCUUCCACCCGGAUCUUGACCCGCAGCUGAGCGCCCAGUUGAAGAAUAUUGAGAAGGGCAUACGCGGCAAUACUCACACCAUGCUCAGACCGGAGGAGUUUGAAGCGCAGACGACCAAGAUUGUCAGCUGGCGCAUGGCCACAUUGGACGGACUGGCAAAGUCCCUGACUGCGAAGGCAUCCGAGAACAGAGCCGCUCUCAUUCAAAAGGCCACGACCGACCUGUCGGCGCACCUCCACUCGUGCUUGACGGUUCCUCCGCCUCCUGGAGUCGAGGGCAGCACGUCCAUGAUUGUGGAGCUGGCCAUCGGCAUGGCGGCAAACCUACCACUGGAGAGCCGCGAUGUUUCCAUCUGGUACCCGCUGCCGACCGACAUUGUGCAGCCGAACCUGAUGGAGGUAGAGAAGGCAGGGCUGCCGUCUUUGACUGGCGCAGAGGAAUCCGACUCGGACUCUGAACCGGAGGAGCUGACCGAGAAGGGUGGCAAAGGCCAGAAGGGGAAGACGGGUAUCAUGAAGGAACCCAAGCGAGUUCGUUUUGCCGGGUUCAUGGCCCUGGAAGUCAAGGGUCGUCAGGUGCUGAUGAAGGCGCCAGUGUGGACUCUUUAA